GCAGGUCGUCUAGCGGGACAGAGGCAGACAUUAACGUAUUUGUAAUACGGUCGCCCGCCCAACCCGUACAGUGCUACCUGUCUCUAAUGAGCGAGCGCUCUCCACCGACUCGCAAUAUGGACUGCAACGAAGAAUUUUAUGACGAGAUCGCGCCUGUGAUUCCGCGGCCGAAGCACAUGAAAGUCCUUGUUUUGGGACUGCCACGGACGGGCACCACAUCCCUUUGCGCUGCCCUAAAAGUACUGGGCAUGAAUCCGUACCACUUUAGUGAAAUAUCAAGAAACAAAAACAAUAAACAUUUUCAGCUCUGGUUGAAGGCUGUACAAGCAAAGUACGACGGCGUGGGGGUGCCACUCAAAGGCGGGGACUUUGAUCACAUCCUUUGGAACUAUGAUGCCGUCACGGACGAUCCAUGUUGCCUCUUUGUCGAUGAACUCAUCGCCACAUAUCCUGAAGCUAAAGUCAUUCUAACCGUACGUCCUCGAGAAGAAUGGCUUCGGUCCAUGCAGCAAACCAUUCUGAAGAUACUCUCGUGGAGAUCCUGGCCUAUCCUCUGCCUUUUGGAUCACGAAUUCAUGGGUCCCUACCAGGCACUCCUCAAUCGAACGACUUCUGUCCUGUCUCAAGGCCACCUGCCUUACACGCCAUCUGCAUAUCCGGCACUUCUUGAUUCAUUCGAUAAGCAUAACGAUAAUGUUCGCAAUGCUGUGCCAAAUGAGAGGCUACUAGAAUUUCACCCCAGCCAAGGCUGGGAUGCAUUGUGCAAUUUUUUGGAUAUGCCCAUUCCGGAGGGCAAGUAUCCGCACCUCAACUAUGCAAAUGAUCUAAUGCGGCUUGAGCACUCACUAUAUUGGGCCAGGUGGUAUUGGGUAGCGCAGAGGAUGGCUAAGAGAGCAGGAAUCGUAAUCUUGGUGUUGUUAGCCGCGCUAUAUCUCGACCGGAUCUAGCGACUUUGAUCGGGCGCACUUCCGGUUCGUAGGUCAACCUUUAGGAUUUACGUAGUAGAAAUAUCGGACAAUUAGCUCUAUAGGGAUCACCCGGAUUUCGGUUAGGAUAAGACUAUAGACCACUGGGGUUAAAUUGCAAUUAGACGUAGGAAUGGCGAGUUAUAACUAUAAGUUCGG